GUUGUGUUAUACAUUUUUUAUUGUAGAAUUAUAGUUAUUACAGCAGCUUGCGUGAUAUAAAAUCAAACGGAAACUGUAAUGUAUUUUACAUUAUGACGAUCGAAAUACCUUCGAGAUAGCGAUCGCAUGAUAAUACAAUCGGGUUUGAGGGAGAUACGUCGUUGAGAUCUACCAGUAAAUUUUCAAAUUUCCAUCUCAAUAUUGGAUCCUUGAAACCUUUACAGAAAACUGCGAUAAAUUCAAGUUCGCUGAACUAUAUGAAAUCAUUACUUGUUGCGAGGGGCCUUCUCCACAUAUGGGUAAACAAUGUCAUUUAGGCAAGAACCUUACUCUUCGUUCUGAAGCUCAUUUCGGUCUAAUUCUCCUAUUUACACAUUUCUCAUACCAUAUUGAUAGUUAAAUCGUGGAGCAUGUGAUCCAGGUAAUUAUCAUAAUUAGCAAAUUAUGAUAAUCAAUUGAAAAUCAGUCGUUAUCGAGCCUCAUUCUGUCGUAAUGUCGUCACGAAGACAGUCAGGUAACAUUGGUCGAGUGCGAAAGAGUGGGGAGUUGUCGUCCUUCGUUGACAGAGCACACCUCAAGAUUAGGUUAGGCCUUCCAGCUAUUUUGCAAUUGUUCCAUUGCCAGGUCGUCUAUGUAACAUCAGUAGUAAAUUCAUUUGAAAUAUUUUACUUGAACUUGAGAACUGCAACCAAACCCAUUAUGCCCCACGCCAACGCCAAAAUUCCGACGAUCUUUCUUAUGGGCUACCGACUAUCUCCCAACCGAAAGAUAUUCCCCAAUAGUCGAAGCUGUCCUCAACAGUUGUCAAAAAGAGGACAUGUACGCAUUGCUCUUCGAGGAGGCACUUACCCCCAAAUUUCCAGAGAGAACGGAGCACGUUCCUCGAGUAAUUCAAGUUUCCUGGUCUCCAGUAAGACUUGUAGAACCCACCAAAUGUCUUCUCGCUAUAGUCACCUCAGCAGGUGCCAUCGACAUCGCCUUCAAAGUGGGAAUAAAUUGGUACUCGGUGUCGAAUCUCUCACGGAUCUGGUUCGAAAUUAUCAAAGAAGAAAUGGAAUUUGACGUAGGGACUUGCAUACCUGAGGAAAUUUCUGCGAAUACUUUCAAGUCGAACUUGAGACGUCUCCAAGGAACUGCAGUAACGUGGAGUGGUCUUUUCAAAGAUUCGGAGGGUACCUUCGCUUACCUAGCAACAGGUUAUCGUAGCUCCGAAGUCGUCGUCUGGAGGAUAAAUAAAAUCUCCGAGCUCGCCAUGGACGUGACUCCGUCGGUUAUCUUCAGAACGAAAUUGGAGGGGUAUGGAAGGAUUUUAAAAAUUGUUUGGGUGACCUUGACACCUCGAAAACAUUUAAUCCUCAUGGGAUUCGUCGAUGGACGAAUGUUGGGUCUGCAGUUAACUGAAGAUAACAACACAUUGACUGAAACUGCCCGUCAAAAAUACGAAGAAUAUCCCGAUAGAAUCCCUAUAAACUUCAUCACCACACGAACAAAAACAACUGGAGGAAAAAUGAUUGGAUUCGCUAAAAAUAUUCACUUCAUUCUAAUGGAUAUCAAUGAUCAAGGAGAAAUGGUCGAUAAAAAGUACGUGCAAUUGCCAGGAUUCUCGAUCUCAAGUAUUUUGCUUUUAAACGACUCAGAGGCAAUAUUGUCCACCCAGGAGAGUAGCCUCCACCACGUGAAAUUGGACUCGACCCCCAUGAAUAGAACUCCGAUAGCACACGAUAUGAAAUGCGUUAAAACUCAAUAUCUGGGACUGGCCGUAUCCCCCAGUGGUACGACAUUUGUGAAUGUCACUAGUCCAAGCACAACCUACGAUCACUUGUGUAACCGAGAGCCCAGCAAUCUCCAGUUUUUCACUCUAAAAUCCCCAGAGUUCGAUCCCUGGUGUAGACUGGAGAGAAGUCGAUCAAACCUUCACAUCUACUGGGAUUGUCUCGAAAUGAUAAGGAUAAGGUCAGCAAAGGCGACAAGUGCUGACGAGCUUUUCCCCAAAAUUCCACAAGAAUUGGACCACUCAUUAUCAACCCACCAGCUGCGCGUGAUAAUGUGGUUGACGUUGAUUACAGAGGUUGUAAAAAAGAAAAAAUUUAUCAAGAAAAUAGAUAAUAUAGUUGGACAGAUUUCUGAAGCUCAACCAUUGAUUUUCGUUUAUACAAUCUCCACCCAUAUGAUUAAACUGGCGAAGAAGGAGGUGUUGAGCGAUAAUCAUCGUUUGAGCAUUCAUUUUCUGAGGCUUUAUCUCGAGGUUUUCCUUGCUGGCGAGGAAGACGACAACAGUCAGAGUAAUAAUGCGAUAAGACAAGCCCAGGCGGCGAUGAACGCAACGUCCAAAAUGGAUCUGAUUGAGGUUGAACCUUGUAAUUUAUGUGGUGAAAUCGUUACGGAAUUACCCUGGAAUACCUCGAGCUGUCCCAAGGGCCAUCAACUACCUCGGUGUGCUCUUACACUGCUACAGAUUACUUCGUUGAAGUACAAGAAUUGCCCUGUUUGUGGGAGGAUUUAUCACCCUCUGUUGGAUGACGAAUACGAGGAGAUAAAUUGCAUAUACUGUGAUGUCCCUGUGGUGUUCGACACCAGGGUUGUUGGAAUUUAUGAUGACGUCGAGGAGAAGGGGAAAAAUUUGUCGGUGAAACCUAUCUGGGAUAUACCGAUUUAUAAGAGGUUCGAGGGAGAGGGAGUGGAGAAAGAGAAGAGCAAUGAGGUGAUCCUCGAAGGGGGCGAGGGUAAAGAAGACAAAAGCGAGGGUAUGGCAGAGGAAGAUGUGACCAAAAACGAAGAAAAGAAUCGGAAGAGGAAGCGCGUUACGUCGCCUAUGAUCAAUGAUGUCAACGAUACGAGCAAUAGGGGUUUGACAAAUACUGGAAAUGGUGUAAGUUUGUAAAUAAAGUUUUGUACACAAAAAGACGCUUAUAUCUCAUUUUAAAGUUUGUUUUAUAUUCUUUGUAUGUAUUUACGAGGGGCUCAUACGUCAGAAAAAAUUUUGCUGAUCAUGUAAUAAAAAUAAUCAUCGCCAAAAAACUAAAAAAAAUUUGUACAACCAUAACUUUAGCCAUUAUGAAUCCUUUUGAAAGAUCAUUUAUUAAUUUUUUAUUUGUAACUGAAUUUAUGGCGAAUUCUUCGGAGAAUUUGCCACUAAGCCUCAUUCGAUGACCUUCAUUUGAUGAUCAACGUUCUAGAUAAAUAUAAUUCCGGAAAUUUUCAUGAUCCAAAUAUUUCAACUCUCCAUUUGAAGUGGAAGUACUCAAUUCUGCAUUUGAAGUAGUUUAGAUAGCGAGCAAAAGUCUAAUUACGUUAAUGAUUGAGAUUUUUUUUGGGCACAUUUGAAGUGUAAUAGUUCGUUUAGAUAGGGAAAAAAAUCGUUAAGUUAAUGAUCCUCAUAUAUCCUGUCCAGAAAAAUGACAAAUUUCGUAAUUCCGAUACGAGGUUGAGAAAUCUUUCAUUCCUGAAAAUCCAUUAAAUUGAUUUCUGAGAAUAUUCAAUUUCCAACAAUAUAAAGUUACAGCCACAAAACCGUACAUAGAGUUUAUGACCAAUUUGACAACGCGGGUGUGAUAACUCCCCAGGAAUUUUACCCAGAACGGAAUAAUCGGUAAGAAUGAUCUAAUUUGUUAGAUAAUUUUCUUCAAAUGUAUAGAUAACUUUGCCAAUCCAUCGACAAAUUUUCCUUAACGGUACGGUAAUGUUUUCCGAACGGGAAAAACACAACACGAGUAUCGAACGGUUCGUUAAUUUCUACUGAACUUCUCUUUCCAUGCAGCAUUAUGAUAAUUUCAUAAAUCCAAAGUCGCUUCUCUUAUCGGUCAAUAAUCUUCACGAUAUACCCUAAUAAUUAAUAUGUAAAUGUGAUGUCUGCGAAUACUUGGAUAGCACGUACACAUGGUCACAUAAUUGAUAGGUGAAAUCAUUAACAGCUGAUAAGCACAUUAAUGCUUAAUGGGCUACAUGAUUAUCGCAAGGGAAAUGACAAAACUACACAAUUUUCACGUGGUUCCUCGAAUUCCGGGUAGUUUCGAGGAAUGGGACAGAUCUAUUAAGGACACGAAAAAAGAUAAUUUUAGCGGAAAAAUCCCCGGGUUUCACCGAUCUUUCACCAUGAGCCAUGAUCUAUUCAGUAAAUGGUUUACAUUAAAGAUGAAAACCAGUCAAUAUCGAGGCAUUUCGCCUACAGACCAGAAUGACCUCAAACGCAGACACAAAAGAUGUUUCAUGCCGGCGAGAGAGGCAAUAAUCGGAACAUCUACCUUGAACUACCGGUUCAGCUACCGUAGGUCAAAUAAGAGAGGUUGGUAAUUCAGCCGCUUUUCGACUUCCUUCAUUGAUACAUUGCUCUCGGCGGGAGACGAGAACUCAAUGCCAUAUUAGAUGGUCUUGUCAUCAAAACCGAAGAGGUCUAUGUCAGGAUUUGUCACAGCGAUGGGUCUGAUAGACACAAACUAUUAUUCUCUAAAGAGGAAAGUUAAAAAGAUUCAGAAAGGGAUUAUAAAAGUUUCAAAUCAAUAAAUCUUUUGGAAUAAUAAAUAAUAGCGAAUGAAUACCCACAAUAACAUUUUCCGUCUUUGUCUUUCAGUAGAAUAAACAUAAUACCUGCUAAAACACUAGAAUUGGAGACCAAAAAUUUUAUGCGACUGUUAUGUGAUAAUCAUGUAAUGUAAAUGACUAUGCAGUCAAGUUUUCAGGGCUUUAUGAGCUGAAAUGUAUCUAAAUCUAUGGAUUUCCCUCGUAAACGUAGAUACGAGGAUGACGUUCAAUUAAGUCGAUGUCUUUCUCCAACUGAUUCAAGUCUCUCUCCAUUUUUGCUUUCCUCUUGGCUUUUGGCGGAGUAUCUGUGAGAAAGGGAAGUACCUGGAAGGCAUGCAUGAGCUCUUCGAACUUUUUCUUCAUUCCCUAAAUGGAAUAAUGACGUUAAUUAUUUAUCCAUUGAUUGAUAGUAACUCUGAUAACUGCCAAACCAUCUUUUUGAAAAAAAGCUCCAACUACCUAUAAUUGGGUUAUUGACAGUAUCUUGCUAAUAUACUUGUUGUUGAAUUAAAAUGAUAAUUAGUACUUUUUUUCAUGAUAGUUCCGCACUUUCCAUUACUGAUUUCUUUUGAGAAUUUUUUCAGGUGACUUUACUCACAUAUAGGAGAUCAGCACGUUCUUCAUCACUGACAUAUCGGCACAUUUCUUCUUCCUUAUUUCUGGUAACUCUAACGACACUCUCAGUAGGUUGGGAUGCUUUGGAGGUCUCCGCAACUGUAGAAUCAGCUUCUAGAAUCUUUAGAGUCUUCCUGUCGUUCGCUUCGGCUCUGGCAGGAGUUUCCGGCUGACCUUCGAUUCCCGAUAAAAUUUUUUUAUCUUCAAAGCUGAUUUUUGGACGUUCUAUCUCGCCCUUUUCUUCCACCGAUUUCUUUCCCAUCGACUUCUUCGAAUUCUAUAGGAAAAAAUACUACCAUUAUGAUGAUAAUCAUAAGACAUAGUUAAUCUGAUUGAAUUGAUUAGAUAGGAAUCAUUCAAUGGAAUAAUUCAUCGAUUCGCCCUUCUGGUUUUCGGUUUCUUUGAACUACAUUUUUUUAGAAUGAAUAACUGGAACAGCUGAAGCAUUGAUGUUUUAUUAAUGAAAUUUUUCCACAUCGAUCGAGCGAAUGAGGUGAUUACCGUGUGAUCUCUGUAGAGCGGGUAAAGCCCGCUAGGAAUUAAUGGGUAUGAACUUCCUCUUCUGUCAUCGACAUAAUACAUUCUCGGUUUUCGUGGCUGCAGUUUCAUAGCAUUAAUGAUAUUCCGUUUUGCAAAGUUUCGAUGUGGAGAUUUGUCCUUCUCAGCAUCUUCAACAGUGUCUGUUCCUUUCUUCGAACUUUUGAUUUUCUCCCACAGCGGUAAUUUGUGCUGAUAAUUUGGAAUAUGAUAAUGUUUAUGGUUUAUAUCGUCUCUCUUGAUCUCAAGUCGUGAUUUUUUUCUUAAAAAUUCACUUGGCGAUCGCAGUCGGACGUUGGGAACUCCCAGAGUUUUGUGGGAACUUUUGCCCUCUUUUGAUGCACUUCUCACGGAAUCUCGAAAUUUUGAAAUGUAUCUAGAUCAUUGAACAAAUCUUAGGUUUAUUGAUGUUGUAAUUUAUAAACUAAUAAUUUUUCCUGACAAACAUCUCGUAUUCAGGAUCAUUACAAAUUUAUUGAUCAUUAGAAUUGUACCAGAAAUAUGUUUUUCACUAAUAAAGUCGAUUUUGAAAUGUUUAGAUACUUUCAAUCAUUUAUUUACAAAUACUCAAUUGAAAUUCAUCUAAAAAGUUGCUCUAAAAUGUAAUCAGAAGGCCACUAAAUGACAAUAAUUUGUUUUGCUAAUUUUGAUGAUUCAAAAUGGUUCAAUGUAUAGUAGUUGGUGUUAAACUGCGAAGAGUGCAUGGACGUCCUAAAUAAGUGAUAAUAAAUAAUAUGCAAGAUAAAUCCUUGAAUAAAUAAUAUUGAAUUAUUAAUUCCCGUUACAAUGGCACAGUCUUCACAUACCACAAGUUACGUAAAGUCAAUUCUACUCUCCAUGGAAAAGAUCUCGUUUUAUUAUGAGUUAAAAAUUGAGUGAGCCACUAUUAACAUUAAAAAAAAUAUAAAACCGAUCUAUCUGUCACACACGUCCGUAUCAAACUCUAUUUUUCAUCAUAAUCCGUGUGAAGUAGGACUUCGCCUAUAGAAUGAUGAAAUGAUGGUGAAUUGUUGAUAAAAUUAAAGAAAAAAAUUGAAGAAAUUCAUGCAUAAUUCAACAGAAAUGGCAAACGUCCUAUGUAAAUUGCAAAUUGAUGUAAUCAUUGACAUUGCAAAUUAGUGUCACCAUUUACCUAUUUCGAAAAAAAAAAUAUCUUAAUGCAUUUCUUAUGGCAAAGGAUUUCAUCCGACGAGGAUAUGCAAGCAUAUAAACAAAACCAAAUAUGCGGACAUAUUGAAUAGAAAGCUCAGAACUUGAACAGGAGUUCACAAAAAAGUUUUUAUUUACCUGGGAGGAGGAUUAUAUUGAACUGAAGGCUGCCUUAUGAGCUGUGUAAUGCUCUCCUCGAAAUCAAACGCCAUUUUAUACUCGUUUCAGUUAAAAAAUGUACAAAAAAGGUAAAAAAUAAUCACAAGUUCAUUCGCAAUAAAUGAACGCGAUGUUUAGUCAAUGGCCUAAAUGAUUCCGUCAAGUUCCGUUGCCCCUAACAACGAUUUCAAACGUUCCCACGUUAUUGGGAACUUUUGGUCUCUGUUGCAUGAGAGCAGCAGUCAUGACCUGUGAUGACGAAAGCUGUUGAGGCGAAUAUUCAUUGAACAUCCGUCAACUAAUAUUCAUAAACAAUAAGUCAAUAAACUUAUGAUAUCCUUGUAGAUAAGAGAGUUGUGGCAGUUCGAUCGUCGGUAACUGCGAUUAAGGUAUUUAUUCCUUGGGCCGGUAGGAUAUUUGUAGGUGGUGACCUCUGUGUGCCACAAGGAGUGACCGCUGUGAACGCCAGGACCUCCAAAGGCCGUCAGUGAUCUGUUUCUGUGAUUUGAUUUCUUGCUAGCAUGCAAUGGGUAUUGUCGGGCAACGGGACAAAACAUGUGUAAACAAUCAAAAUAGUGGUGAAACAAUAUACACAAACAUUUUCCGCAAUAAUCAUCAGUGUUUUUAUGACUUUAUUCCCCUACUUUAAUGUGAAAUUGAAUCAACUAGUGACUAUGGCAACUCGAGG